AUGGGCAAGAAAUCCUGGGUCGGUCUCCUGAUCUGCCUCUACACCUUCGUCGUCUACAGCGGCUCCGCGAUCUACACCUCCAGCAUCCCCCAAGUGAUCCAAAAAUUCAACCUCUUCGAAGUCGACGCCUACGGCAUUGGGCUCCUCGUCUUCUCGCCCCUCAGCGAGAUCCUGAGAAUAGGGAGGUCACCAGUCUACCUCGUCACAAUGUUUAUCUUCACCAUCAUCUCCAUCCCCACCGCGCUGGUCAACAACUUCGCCGGUCUCCUCAUCCUCCGCUUUCUCCAGGGAUUCUUCGGAUCCCCCUGGUCUAGCUACCGGAGCCGCGACGAUGAGCAUGGUAUCAAUGCUCUACCUCCCCUACGCGCUGAUCGCCUGGGUAUCAGCCGCAUACUGCGGACCGGCUCUAGGUCCGCUUCUUAG